UAAACCUUUUAUAGCCCAAAUUAUUCAACAGCAAAAUUCAAACACAGAGAGCACUAAAAGUUGCAAAACAAUGGCUGAGUUAGAGAACCCAAAUCUGAUGCCAAAGCUCAUAACUUUUCUCUCUUCUCUUCUCCAAAAAGUGGCUGAUUCGAACGAUCUCAAUCGUCAACUCCAACCCCAGAAAAUCUCUGUUUUCCAUGGCCUAUCUCGACCAACCAUCUCAAUUCAAAGCUACCUAGAGAGAAUUUUCAAGUAUGCAAAUUGUAGCCCUUCCUGUUACAUUGUUGCAUAUGUUUAUCUUGAUCGAUUUGCUCAAAGCCAACCCGCUUUGCCCGUCAAUUCCUUCAACGUUCAUCGUCUGCUAAUCACAAGUGUCAUGGUGGCUGCAAAAUUCAUGGAUGAUAUUUACUACAACAAUGCAUACUAUGCAAAAGUUGGAGGAAUCAGCACAAUAGAAAUGAACUUUCUUGAAGUAGAUUUCCUAUUUGGUUUGGGCUUCAGAUUAAAUGUGACCCCCAACACCUUCCACAUCUACUGCUCCUACCUCCAAAGAGAGAUGAUGAUGCAACAACCUCCUCUUAAUCUAGCAGAGUCUUCUAUAAAUCUAGGAAAAUCACUCAAACUCCAUUUGUGCUUCAAUGAGGAUGAGCCCUCUCAUCAACAGCAACAAUUAGCUGUGUAAUUAAGCUUUAAAUGCACAUCUCAAAAAUUCAGUUAGAUAUAGAAGUAGUAACAUUGUCCUCUAUCUCAUUAAGCUUAUGAUUUUUGUGUACCAAACUUGCUUUUGAUGUUUUUUGGUUUUUCCUUUAUUGGACUUUGGAAUUGAAGUUAUUUUGGAAUGUACAUAUGGAAGUUUUCUCUUUACA